UCACUAUCCGAUAGUUUGACAGCCCUGCCACUGAGAGAGCAUAAUGACGUGGUGAACUCUGUGUGAAAAAAGAACAAUAAAUUGCCGACAAAUCUCCAGUGCAAGAAGGCUCUGCAAAUUGCAAUCUCAAUACCUGACAGGCGAGCUCUACAACAAGAAGGAAGAAGAAGAAGGCGACGACGGACGGUACAGAAUAUGAAUUAGAGAACAAUUAACGAUUGUCUCGCGCUUCGUUUGCCAGUUGGCCUGUUUUGUGUUUUGUUAGCCUCUUUCUGUCAGUCGCUGCCCCUGUCCCCAAAAAGUACCACAAUUUCGAAUCGAUACACGUGUGCAAGGGGAACUGCGACAGCGUCAAAGUCAACAAUAAAAGUCGAGGGACGGAGAUUAAUGAGAGGCUAGCGACAACUAUGAUGAACGAGGACAGCAGCGCUGCCAGCGGCGGUGGCGUUAAGAAAUUCUUUCAGCGCCUCUCACAGACCUAUCAAUCCACCUUAGACCGAAGCACACCGCACACACGGAUGCGUUGGGUGUUUGCCGGCUUCUUGCUCCUGCUCUUCGUGUUACGCAUCUUCAUCUAUCAAGGCUGGUACAUUGUGUGCUAUGCGCUGGGCAUUUACCACCUGAACCUGUUCAUUGCCUUUCUCACGCCCAAGAUCGACCCGGAGUUUGAUCCGUACUCGCAGGACGAUGAGGACGAAGGACCCAAUCUACCCACUCGCAGCAACGAGGAGUUCAGGCCCUUCAUCCGCCGCUUGCCAGAGUUUAAGUUCUGGCUUUCGGUAGCAAAGAGCACGCUUAUAGGGCUGAUUUGCACGUUCUUCGACUUCUUCAAUGUGCCGGUGUUCUGGCCCAUCCUGGUCAUGUACUUCAUUACACUGUUCUGCAUAACGAUGAAGCGCCAGAUCAAGCACAUGAUAAAGUACAAGUACUUGCCGUUUACGCGUAACAAGCCACGCUACCAGCGAGUGAACGACCUGGCGGGAGCCGGACCCGGCUCCGUGGCGGGCAACGCGAAGUGACAAUUAGCCGCACAGACGCCGGACACACGGGCGGCGGCCACUGGAACGGGUGAUCCCUCGAUUGCCUCUUCUACAGCUACAUUGCCACCAUCAACAACCAGCGACAACGCAGCGACCAAGGAUGUGGGGUCGCCAACAGCAUCGUCCAUCAAACCACCGCAGAUCAUUGCCAUUGAGGACUACUAGAGAAAGCUACUGAAAACAGCCCGGAAUGGGAUCCAGAAGUAUAACAUCAACCAGAACCAAGCAUACAAUAUAAUUUUCCUUUUCGGUUUGUGUAGCAUUUUUCGUUUCACUGUUGAGUUGUCGCACGGCGUCUUGUGCAAAAUACCUUGUUUAUUGUUUAAUCUAAAUGCUUGUUUAAAUUUAUAUUUAUUUACAAUGCUUUUAUCUAUUGUAAAUCCCCUACAAUACCGAAACAACAGAUCAGCACUAAUUUAAUUUUUUCAUCCUAAUCCUAACGCUAAUUUAAUGAUUCGUUUAUCCAAAAAGUAGACUUACUGUAUUUGAAAAAAAUAUUUUUGAUUAUCAUGCUUAGAUGCUAUAACAAUAUAUGCCUAAAUAUAUAUACAAACAUAUAUAUUUUGCAUUAUGAUUAUACAACUUUUGUUAGCGUUAACUAUAAAAAAUGUUAGAAAGACGGAAUGAAAAUUGAAACUAUAGGAAGUGUACACUGGGUGCGUCUUAUGAAUAAAGGAAGACAAAAGAAAACCAAAA